AAGAAGAGGAGGUGAAUAACAGGUCGGAAGAAAAACAACUUCUUUAAGGCAAGACAUACAUGCUGGGUGAGUCAACAAUAAGGACUGCAGCGGUAAGGCCUAAGUCUGGUUAAAGGCUUAUUAAAGAGCGGGCAAGACAGAGAGAGAAAGAGAGAGAGAGAGAGAGAGAGAGAGAGAGAGAGGGCGGAGGGAAUAAUGAGAAGGAGAAGAUAGCCGCUCAUUCAGCUGGUUAGGCGCAUGCAGGCAAGCCUGUGCUUGCACGUUCCUUGAGAAUAGAUUGCUGGACCCAGUUGCCCCUUUCUAAUGACCCUUCUUGUUAGCCUCGGAAACGGAAAGCCUGUUCAUUAGAAGUGCAGGUCCGCUCACCUCGGCGCGCAUCCCCGCGCUCACACUCACCCGAGCUGUUUUACACUCAUAAAUGCGCGCGCAUUCCAGGUUAAAAAUUUGGGUUCUAGUCGAUCAGGAGCUAUUUACAUCCCAUCCAGGUUCCACCCUGCCUAUGGCAUAUAAUGAAACACAAUGUCUUUGCAAAAAAAAAAAGAUCUGCUAACCGCAUGUGUAAACGUCUUGGACGCUUCAUAUACAUAUGACCAUACACAUAUGUAGGAUUGUUGAAAAUGUUGAUUGAGAAGGAGUAUGGAAGCAUGGAGAAAAUAAAACAGAAAUAGAAAGAGAAGAAAUCUGGACACUCAUAACAUAAACAGCACUUAAUGAGAUGUAGCUGGGAGAGCCACUGUUCACCGUCAAACUGGCGACAUAAAUUUAAUGCGAAUUAAAAAUGUUAUUCUUAUUGGAUGAAAGGACAAAUUUUGGUCCUCUGUCAGGCAUGGACAUUGUGAGGAAUGCUGCUCGAAAAAGUAAACUAAAACAAAAUCUUUUCCUUGAUGCGUACGUCAGUAUCACCAAACAUUUUUUUUAAAUAUAUAUUUUUAAUGCUCUUCCUUUUGUAUGAGGUAUUUUCCUAUAGUAUCUGUAAAUUUUUGCUUUUGAGUUACUAAUGCAUAUUAAUUACCUUGGUUCCUACUGAAAUAGAACUGGAUUUCAAAUUACAGUUGAUCUUUUCAAUUUUCUAAUAUUAUUGUAUGCAUGCUAAAGCAAAAACAAUAUGAUAUUAUUAUUAUUAUUAUUAUUAUUAUUAUUAUUAUUAUUAUUAUUAUUUAUGAGUCCUUUUUGGAGUGCGCGUGUUGUGUACUCUAAUGCAGAACCUGAAGUAGCCCACUCAGAUAAAUUAUUGAUUCCCCAUGGGGAGUAGUAAAUAUAUAUACAAAGAAAGCUGGCAGUUUCACGCCACAUCACAAAAUCUUAAGAGAUGAAACGCAUUGCUUGGCACUUUAUCUUGUUUUAAUGAUAAAGCUUCGUUUGACUCGUACACGGUGUGUUUACUAUUACGCCUUUAACGAGUAGAUUCAGGUGUGCAGAAUUAUUCACGGAAUAAAUAUAUUAUAAAACUAAUCAUCAAGAAAUAUUAUUUUAUCUACAUUGUAAUGGUAUGCCGUAUAAACAUUGCAUUAGUGAUGGUCAGUAAUUACUGAUAAUUGGCAAUGAAAAUGGUUAUGAUUGUUACCAUUAUUUUGUAAUUGUAAUGAUUUUGGCGUAUCAAACUAUUGUCUUGUGCAGUAGCUAAAUUUACACCAGUCCCAGUUUUCACAAGUUUCAGUGUACAAACAUCACUGGCCACAAGAAGCGAAUACACUGUGGCGUGAAGGGCCUCCUUGAUUAUCCUAAUUAAGUUCUGUCUAAUUAAAUUACUGUCACGUGUUAACCAAUAGCAAAAGUCGAUUCAUUAACGAUGCAGGCGGCAGGAAUGAAAAGCGAAAGCCCCCUCGAUUGCAAAAGGUAGUGUCAACUGGCUGAUUUGCUUUCUUGCGCAAAGUAGCUCCGACCGCGGGAAGGCGUUUUUUUUUCUCUCCCGGGUUAACUUCGCGAGGCGUUAAGCCUGCGGUCUCACGUCGCACGCGUUAAUUGCCGCUUGCCGUCGUCGAGAGCUAUGCAGCUCGAGCACUGCAUCUCGCCAGCUCUCGCGCUCUCCAAGAAAUGUUUGAGUGUGGGCAGUGGCUACCCAAACUCAGAGGUUUCUGAUCUCGCCUUGCACGGCCAUCCUAUUACAUCUGCUCGUGACAACCUGGAGAGAAGUUCACCCCUGAAAAAAAACUCCGCUGGGAUGACGAAUCAGUCAGAGGCGGACAAUUUUGCCGACUCUAAGGACUCGUCGGGAGACGUGCAGAGAGGCAAACUCUCUCCAGCGCUCGACGGAGUCGCUGACAUUCGUCACAACUUCGAUGGAUCUGCUGGAGAAAGGUAUCUCCUGUCACAGUCCAGCCAAACUCAGCCGCUCUCAGCCAGCCCCGCCGCCAUGUUCCCAUACCCCAGCCAGCAUGGACCAGCGCACCCGGCAUUUUCCAUCGGAAGCCCGAGUCGCUACAUGGCGCAUCAUCCUGUCAUAACGAACGGAGCUUACAACAGUUUGCUGAGUAACACUUCACCACAGGGCUACCCGAGCGCCGGCUACCCGUACGCGCAGCAGUACGGCCACGCGUACCAAGGCGCCGCUUUCUACCAGUUCAGCUCGGCACAGGCCGGACUGAUACCCGGUAAAGCACAAAUCUACCUGUGCAACAGGGCACUAUGGCUGAAGUUUCAUCGACAUCAGACCGAAAUGAUUAUAACCAAGCAAGGGCGGCGAAUGUUCCCUUUUUUAAGUUUCAAUAUAUCCGGCCUGGACCCGACAGCUCACUACAACAUUUUUGUUGAUGUGAUACUGGCGGAUGCGAACCAUUGGCGCUUUCAGGGAGGGAAAUGGGUUCCGUGCGGCAAAGCGGACACCAAUGUGACAGGAAACAGAGUGUACAUGCACCCAGAUUCUCCCAACACUGGCGCGCACUGGAUGCGUCAAGAGAUUUCGUUUGGAAAGCUGAAGUUAACUAACAACAAAGGAGCUUCGAACAACACGGGACAGAUGGUGGUGCUUCAGUCUCUGCAUAAAUACCAGCCGCGGCUUCAUGUGGUGCAGGUGAACGAAGACGGAACGGAGGACACGAGCCAACCUGGCCGCGUGCAGACCUUCACCUUCCCCGAAACUCAGUUUAUCGCUGUCACGGCCUAUCAAAAUACCGAUAUUACACAGCUAAAAAUUGACCACAAUCCAUUUGCAAAAGGAUUCCGGGACAAUUAUGACACCGUCUACACAGGUUGCGACAUUGAUCGCUUGACGCCGUCCCCGGGUGAGUCUCCGCGCUCUCAGCUCAUGCCGAGUGCGCGCUACGCCGCCAUGCCGGGCUCUUUCCUGCAGGACCAGUUUGUCAGCUCGUAUGCCAAGUCCCGCUUUCACCCUGGCGUCGGUGGCGCUCCUGGCACGGACCGCGGCGUCCCGCUCGGCAACAGCUUGCUUUCGCCGCAGCAAACCGACGAGACCGCGGUGGGCUCCCCGCAGCGCUGGUUCGUCACCCCGGCCAACAACCGACUGGACUUCGCCGCCUCGGCGUACGACGCUGCUGCCGCGGCCGAUCUCGCGGGCAACGCGGCCACGCUGCUCUCGUACGCGGCCGCCGGAGUUAAAACUCUGCCACUGCCCGCGGCAGGCUGCUCUAACCGAGCCCUGGGCUACUACGGCGAGGCGACAGCGUGGGGAACGCGCACUCCGCCUCAGUACUGCGGUAAAUCGGGUGCUGUGCUCCCCUGUUGGCCAUCCAACACGGUAGCGGGCCGGACAGCGGCUGCGGGUUACCUGGUGGGUCUAGACGAGGGCGACCCUGUCGCGCCAGAGAGAUCCCCGCUGGGCACAAACGACGACGCCAAACCCAAGGACCUGUCCGAGUCCAGCUGGAUAGAGACGCCCUCCUCAAUUAAGUCGAUCGACUCGAGUGAUUCGGGCAUUUUCGAGCAAGCCAAGCGGAGGAGGAUCUCUCCAUCUGCCACGCCGGUUUCGGAAACAGCAUCGCCGUUAAAAUCCGAAAUGCUGACGCCCAGGGAGUGCGAGAAGAACUGCUCCAAGGACAUUGGCUACUACAGCUUCUAUUCACACAGUUAGACACUGGAACUAGUCGUAAAGCAGAGCAUGGCUCCUGCCACGACAAGUUCAAAGAAUUCGAUUCAUAUUUAUCUAUUUAUUCAUAUUUUAUUUUGGCUAUUUAUUUAUCUAUUUAUUCGUGCAUUUAUUUGUAUAUUUAGAUCUACUAAGCUACGCGGCCUAUCCUUCUUUCUAAAACUUAGUAACAGGUUUAUAAUUUUCUUUGUUUGCAUUUGUUGAUAACGCCACUGUAACUAAAUAAUGUAUAUACCUGUGUAGACAUCCGUGAUUUCUCAUUACCAGUUGAUGUACAGUAUGUAAAACGACAGAACUAUUAGAUUCUUGGUGCGAUGUUUUAGAGGAAAUCGGGCUGUUUUAUUUUGGAAAUGCUUUAGGUUGGAAGAGAAGUGGUCAGGCCCAGUCUGUUUUCUCCCGCAGAAAUUCUCUUAUAGGAGAUGACAGAUAGGCACCACUCAGAGUUCCAGACAUUCAGUAGUUCAGUGUUAAUAGAGACCAAACAGAGUUGUAUUGCAUUGUAUUGCUGUUGUUUGGAAAUAUAUUAGUCUGUAGUAUAAUUGUUGCUUUCUACGUGAGAUCAUUUUGUACUUUGUUGUAACGCUGUUGGUAGGCCGCUAAUCAUGAAAUCAAAUAAUUUUAUGAUAUUUAAAUCCCUGGUAUAAAGGAAAAGCAGUAAAUUAUUUGUACAGGGCAGGUACCAUUUUGUAGAGGCCACAUUAUUUCACCAUGUUCCGACCCUUGAAAUUUUUUUUUGUGUGUGUUUUAAUGAGAAUUUAUUAUGAUUAUUUCCUCCAUAAUUUCAUAAUUCCCAAGACGCGUCAGUUAGGCCUGCUAAUGAAAAGCUAAUGUAAUUGUGCUGUGCUUCUUUGCAAUAAAUACAGGAGCCCAAAAAACUGUUAGUAAAACAGCCUUUAAAUGAGACUUGUAAUCAAGGUUCAAAUGCGCUUAAAAAUGUAGGUUAUUCUGACAUAUUAUCAGGUUUGGCGCCAGGACCAUGUGUUUUAAGGGAGUAACGCGUCCAUCUGUCGCCGUAUUAGUCUAUUAUAUUAACACUGCAAUGUGUGCAAUUGCAUUCUCUCUUCCCCAUGUAUCAGUGGUACUGUUUUUAUAAAAACUUGUCUACUUUGUCAUCACAUAGGCUACAGGAAAUUAAUAUUUACAAAAACAGACGGAGUAAAGAGGCAAGACAUUGGGUCGUAAUGGUGUUGAAACCAUUUUACUGGUCUUAACAUCGAUUACGCGCAUAGAAAAAUGAAAUUGUGUCCAACAGGUAGUUCUAAAAACAACAGAAAAAAAACAUAAUUUGAGUUAUUACUUUUGGCAGCAGAUUGACGAUAUGAUGCACAUAUGGCACACAGAUUAAGGCAUAUUGAGGCCGCCAAGUGUCACCUACACAUUAUUAAGAAAUGUCAACAAAAUCUCAGUCACAGUUUUAAACAAUAUGAGCCAAAAAUAACAUACGACUACAUUCAUUUUAAUGGCCCUAUGUUCCAGUAAUCAUUUGACCCAGUUACUUUCAUUAUAAGCUCGUAUGAAUUGGUUAGCAGGCUGAUUGGAAAAGAAAUACACCGUUUAUCAAAUUUUCAGUAAAAAUAAGAGUGAUAUUUUCUAUGAUAAACACGUAGACAACAACAGUGGAAAAGCUUUUCAUCAUUCGUGUCAUAUUGCCAGGUUAUGGAAAUAGCUUAGUCGAAUAAAAUAAAUGUUGUGGGUCUAUAUGCGUUGCUUAUCAAUUCUAUGUGCUUUGGUUUUGUGUUGCGUUUCUAACAGGUGUUCCUACACAACCCAGUGUGUGUGGUCUUAUGUGGAGAUUGGUUUUGCUGCCAUCCUGUGGCAGCGGAUUAUUCCUUCCUCACCGUUUUGGUUAACUAUCAUUUGAAUUCCUUGGGAUCCUUGCAAGCAACCAGUUUAAGGUUUAGAUUAAUGUCAGUCAGGCCGAUUAACAAUUCUAAGAAAAGGGUUUCAACUGAAGCCUGAUAGAAAUAAUUCUGGAAAAUAAUUUAGGCGCCCAAUGCAAUCACAUCUAUUGUCCACUAGAGGUCGCCAGCACCGCCAUGUUGAGCAGAAGAAGACGCUCAUAAGCUGUAUAUGAGACAAAAAAACUAAUGUAUUUUUUUUUUUAUCACAAUCACAAAUCGAAAAGAUUUAUGGCUGAAUUGAGCCAGUACCCAGUUCAUGGACGUCUUUGCUUUUAAAAACUCCACCCUGAAACACAUUACAUAUGUCCAUAGUGAAACAUUUGUGAUGUGCUGAGUGAUUUUGUUGCCAUUUUGGUGGUUAUUGCUGUAUUAUGCUUAUUCCUGUGAGAAGCCAUUGCUUGUGCACCGUUUAAUAAGAGAAAAGAAAUGUAAAUGCCCUCAAACAUAAGUGAUAAUAGACAUGUUUCACUGUUAGCUCCUAAAAACAAGAGUGCAAGAGCUUCUUUUCUCACACACAUUUACUAUUAAUGGUCAGGGUAAUAAUGAUGAAGAAAAAAAAAACAGAAAUAGUGGACAAGGCAAAAAAACUCAAACUUCCAGAAUGUAAUGCAGCUAUUUGACUCGGCUUGAUUAGUUAGUGAUCUAUGAAAUGAUGAACACGUCGAUGAGAAUGAUGACAGUCUUAUUGGCAUGAAAAUGAAAAAUCUUUAGAAUUCCAUUUGAUCAGAAUGUACAGAUGAGGAAGUGAGAGAACUGGACAGUGUAAAAGACUAAAGCUUUGUUACAUCACUUUCUAUAGGUGGAGAUUAUGUGAGGGCUAAUACUAUGCUAGAGAUGAGGUUGCAAUUUGUAAAACUCUCCCUCCAACCAGUAAAAAACAGAAAAUGCCCCCUCAACUUUUCAACUCAUCAACUUGGGGUAGUCUAACUACCAGUUCCUUCUCUGUUUACAGAGUGAUACCAAAUCAAUAUGGCCGUGUACACUUUAAACACUGUAAAGUCUCCCUUCUCUACAUUUAAAUUUGUUUAUUGCAGCAUUGGCUUUAGAUGAAUUGAUAAAUUGAGACAUAUUUAAGAAGGUAAUCAGAAGGUUAUCUAUCCACCCAUCCACUGUCUAUACCCGCUUUAUUCCUAAUUAGGGUCACGGGGGUCUGCUGGAGCCUAUCCCAGCACACAUUGGGCAAAAGGCAGGGGUACACCCUGGACAGGUCGCCAGUCCAUCACAGGGCAGAAGGUUAUUAGAAUCAGCAGAAGGUUAGAAGGUUGUUAGAAAUUAUUACUCAUGUAACUAACAUUAGCUGGCUGCUCCUAACGCUACUUGCUAUCGUCUGCUGGUGUUGCUGUACUGCAGUUUCAGUCCAAAAUGCAGUAUAAAUGUUUAAAGUCAUCUGUAGCACAACAGUAUCAAUAGCCACUCAGUCCUGUGAUAAAAUAAUAAAAUAAAUGCGGAUAAAAUUAUUUUUUAUUUCACCUCACAUGUCUAAUGUGCCAAAGUGCAAAAUUACAUCAUUACACCUUGCAAAUUGCCACUGAAAAGGCACCACAAGUGAGGCAGAAAUCACACAAGCAACAGUAUUAGCAGGAAGUCACAUGGUUUGUGGGUAAUGUAGGAAACUAAGCUGUUAACCAAAGGGAAAAUAGACAGAUGUGUUGAGGAAUGUCUCUAAAGAAAUUACAAAUAAAAAGGUUUAAUGAUAAGGACAGUGAAGAGUCUUCUGCUGAUUUUGAAAUUAGGAUAUGUUAGCCUUUUCGGUCACAUUGACAGCUCUAUAGUUUAACCAUUACCCUUAGUAAACACAGCACAUACAGUAGUAGUUUUUAGUGUUUUCACUCUAUGGUUCUAUCUAGUUAUCUAUACGGCACCGUGUAGAUAUAUACAUACAUACCAUGGCUGCUCCCCAGUGAAGAAAUACACACAUACACACACACACAGACACAGAGAGAGAGAGAGAGAGAGAGAGAAAGCUCAGUAAACAACAAAAAAUGUACUUAUAUGCCCUGAAAACACUUUUUGACAGAUUUCUUGAGAACUCAAGUAGCAACUUGGCAGCAGAUCAUUGCUCACAAAUGUGCUAAUGUGACCAGAGGUUCAUGCUGCUUGACCUUGUGUAAUAGCAUAAAAAACCAUGUUACAUUUUGCCUGUUUUUAGUUGUUCCCUGAACUCCCUUAACACAACCUUAGCAGCAAACGAUUUAAAAAAUAAC